AUGGUUACAUUGAAAUGCUUUUCACCCACAUUUCCAGUUCCCACGACACCCUCCCUCUCAGCCUUCUGCCCGCAAUUUCCAUACCCCACCGUUUGGAGAAAAAGGACGCUAUCGGGACACCAGGCUCAGACUGGACCAUCACCGAAGAAGUGGGGGUUUUUGCUAACCCAUUUCCCGUUUAGCUGCAUGCCUUCGGAGCUCUCCUGCCCGCCUCCUCCAAUACCCGCAGAGAGAAUUCCCGGAGAGGAGGCCCUGGACACACCCUCUCUCCUUGACUCUCACACCGACUUCCCACCGUCGAAUAGCACCAUCUUCUCAGCCUGCUGCGGUAGUGCGACCGCUAGGCAGGCAUGGGCAGCCUACUGGCCGACCAGGCUGCGGUUUCUAGCGUAUCCUAAGGGUACGGCUUGCACCUUCAAUUCGGGGAACCUGCCUUUCGUUUAG